GAGCGCGCACGUAAGCCCGGGGUCGCGGGCGGCUGGCAGCUCCUGGGUGCGGAGGAGGGGGACGCGGCGAGAGAGUUAUCAAGCUUUGGUGUAUAUGUGUUGGCCAGUUCUGAAAUCUUGAAGAAGCUCUGCACUGAGGAAGAUCAAAGCAGCAGUCUUUGCCAAUUAGGGAAUGGACCGUUUGGGUUCCUUUAGUAGAAAGUUUGAGGAAGGAGGAGCAAGCUUGUAUCAUUAACAGGAAGUGAGGAAGAGGGUGAUCCUUCUGAUAAGCCACCUUGCCGAGGCUGUUCCUCCUACCUCAUGGAGCCUUACAUCAAGUGUGCUGAAUGCGGGCCACCUCCUUUUUUCCUCUGCUUGCAGUGUUUCACUCGAGGAUUUGAGUAUAAGAAACAUCAAAGUGAUCAUACUUAUGAAAUAAUGACCUCAGAUUUUCCUGUUCUUGACCCCAGCUGGACUGCUCAAGAAGAAAUGGCCCUUUUAGAGGCUGUGAUGGACUGUGGCUUUGGAAAUUGGCAAGAUGUAGCCAAUCAAAUGUGCACCAAGUCCAAGGAGGAGUGUGAGAAGCACUAUAUGAAGCAUUUCAUCAAUAACCCUCUGUUUGCAUCUACCCUGCUGAACCUGAAACAAGCAGAGGAGGCAAAAACUGCUGACACAGCCAUUCCAUUUCACUCUACAGAUGACCCUCCCCGACCUACCUUUGACUCCUUGCUUUCUCGGGACAUGGCAGGGUACAUGCCAGCUCGAGCAGAUUUCAUUGAGGAAUUUGAUAAUUAUGCAGAAUGGGACUUGAGAGACAUUGAUUUUGUUGAAGAUGACUCGGACAUUUUACAUGCUCUGAAGAUGGCUGUGGUUGAUAUCUAUCAUUCUAGGUUAAAGGAGAGACAAAGACGGAAAAAAAUUAUAAGAGACCAUGGAUUAAUCAACCUUAGAAAGUUUCAGUUAAUGGAACGGCGCUAUCCCAAGGAGGUCCAAGACCUUUAUGAAACAAUGAGGCGAUUUGCAAGGAUUGUGGGGCCAGUGGAACAUGAUAAGUUCAUUGAAAGCCAUGCACUGGAAUUUGAACUCCGGAGGGAAAUCAAGAGGCUUCAGGAAUAUAGGACAGCAGGCAUUACCAAUUUUUGUAGUGCUAGAACCUAUGAUCACCUCAAGAAGACGAGAGAGGAAGAGCGCCUUAAACGCACCAUGCUCUCUGAAGUUCUCCAGUAUAUCCAGGACAGUAGUGCUUGCCAGCAGUGGCUCCGCCGGCAAGCUGACAUUGAUUCUGGCCUGAGUCCUUCCAUUCCACUGGCUUCGAAUUCAGGUAGACGGAGCGCACCACCCUUGAACCUCACUGGCCUCCCUGGCACGGAGAAGCUGAAUGAAAAAGAAAAGGAGCUCUGUCAGAUGGUGAGGUUGGUUCCUGGAGCCUAUUUAGAAUACAAAUCUGCUCUUCUGAACGAAUGUAACAAGCAAGGAGGCUUGAGACUGGCACAAGCAAGAGCACUCAUCAAGAUAGACGUGAACAAAACCCGGAAAAUCUAUGAUUUCCUCAUCCGAGAAGGAUACAUCACUAAAGCUUGAGGCUCUAAGGGCUUGGGACCAGAAGUCAGAAGUUUGGAAUGUGGUGGGCCAAAGGACCAUAUGGGCAUUCUGGAGAGUUGUUUUUGAGCUGAAUUCUCAUUGUAAAAAGAGAGGAAGGACAAAGGAAACCUUAAGUUGUAUUAAUGUCUACUUUCUUUCCACCCUGCUUUAAAACACUCCUGUUGUUGGUAUUAUGCUACAGAGUUGUGCGCUAGAUAAGCUAUUAUUAAACGUGAGUGGGCAUUCAUUCCUAACACCUCUUGUAACUAAAAGAACCAUAGUACCUCACAUCACAGUGCUGGUAGAAAUAGAACUAAACCACAGUCUUCAAUCCCAGGAGUUCAGCUAAGAUCCAUGUACUUGCGAGGUAAGUUUGCUGAUUAUCUGUUUUGCCUUCAAACAUUGCAGACAGAUUGAAAAUAAAGACAAAGGUUUUAGAGCAUGAGAAAGCUUUCUCUUUCCUUCUAAGGAUUUUUUAAGCUGACAACUUAGGUUUAUGAGCAAAGGGAAAGAAAAUAUCCCCAUGAUGGUCUUGUCCCAAACUGCGUCUUUAACUAGAGUGUCUGGCUUUGUGCUUGGCAGUCUGGCUGUCUGAUCUGCAGUAGACUUUUGAGGAGGUGGUACCAGAUAUAAAAUGUCUCUGUUAUUUUUAGAAUUAAUGGAUUAAAAUGUUUUGCUGUUUAA